AUGUCCAAAUCAACUCUCGCAAUGUUCGCUGCUCUCGGAGCUGGAGGCGGUGCUGCUCUUACGGCCGCCGCUUUUGCUCUCCGCCCGUCUUCCGAGAACAAGAAACCCGAGCUUCCAAUCGCGACACCUCCAACCGCCAGACCAAACAACGCUGCCUCCACCACAGCCCUCGCCAUCCCCUCCCAGCACGUCUACUCUACCUCCCCGCCCGUGUCGGGGGCUCCGGUCAACCCAGCCGGCCUCUUCGAGUACGGCUUCCCUGGCCCCGUCUCAGAUAUUGCCAGCCGUGCGGCCCUGAUAUCAAGCUACGACCGGCGAACCCGCAACCCGCAUUGGGUCGCCGAGCACAUCACGCCCGACUCCCUCACCAGCCGCGACGGCGACCGCAAGCACAGCGUCUUCCUCGAGGACACGGCGGUGCCCGUGCAGUUCCGCGCCCUCCUCAAGGACUACUUCCGCAGCGGCUACGACCGCGGCCACCAGGUGCCCGCCGCCGACGCAAAGUGGUCCCAGAGGGCCAUGGACGACACCUUCUACCUGACAAACAUCAGCCCCCAGGUCGGCGACGGCUUCAACCGCGACUACUGGGCGCACUUUGAGGACUUUUGCCGCCGCCUCACCGGCCGCUACCCCAGCGUCCGCAUCGUCACCGGCCCGCUGUACCUGCCUCGCAAGGACCCCGUCGACGGCAAGUGGUACGUCCGCUACGAGAUGAUUGGGACGCCGCCCUCCGUCGCCGUCCCCACGCACUUUUACAAGGUCAUCUUCGCCGAGGACGGCAAGACCGGCGGAAACGUCGCCAUUGGCGCCUUUGUCCUGCCCAACGCCGCCAUCCCCAACGAGAAGCCCAUCACCGACUUUGAGGUCCCCAUCGAGGCCGUCGAGCGCGCCUCCGGCCUCGAGUUUGCCAACAAGCUGCCUGUUACGCGGCGCAAGAGGCUGUGCGCCGAAACCACCUGUGCUUUGGUGAUUAGGGAUUACGCCGACAGGCAGAAGGCGUUUGGGAAGGGCGGCCAGCGUGCUAUUUCUCCUGCUCCUUCGUCAUGA